GCGCAGCAAUAUGGCGCACCUACAGAGGAUCCCGUCUCACACAACUGCCCAAUCGGUUUUCUGCUUUCCUGACAGCUGGCCAAUCACAGAGCCUGCAUCAGCCUGAAAAGUAUUCAACAUGGAGACAACAGUUGAAAAGCUUGAGGCGAUGUUCCAGAAGUCAGAGGCAGACCUAGAGUACAUUGAGAGGCGUCUGAAGCUGGACUUCAUCAACAACACUGCAGAGAAUGGAUGUCCCGCUGAGGAGAACCCAGCGGUGAUGCUGGAGAACCUGAGAGCCAUCAAGGCCAAACACACAACAUUGUGCUCUCAGGUGAGGGAGAUUGCAGCUGCACAGAAAGAGUCCAUGGAUUCCAUCAGAGACAACCUUAUCAGUGUCAUGGGGCUGAUCCAACACUUCCAACAGACAACUGAUGUGGAGGUUCAGCCACUGACAGAGUCAGAGCAGGAGUCAGCAGAGCUCCUUGGUUCCACCGUCAGUCAGACCACAACCGAGGUGCCUCCCUCUGUAGAAACAUCUGGCCAACAGCAGCCAAUAAGCUGUGAAUAUGAGGAGCUGAGUGAAGCUAUGUUGGAGAUGGUUCCUCUCAGCAUACGCUCCAACAUCAAACUGGCUGACCUCAAUGUCUUCUACCAGCAGCUGCAGCAGCAUUUCAGCAAAAACAACAGUGGCUCCCUCAGUGUGCAGAAAAUGAAGCAGAUGAAAAUGAAGGUGACUGAUGCCAAGCUGAUGGUCCUGCAGCACCUCUCUGUAGUCGAGCCUGACAGGAAAGGCCACUUUCACCUUGUGAUGUAAGAUGGAUCAACAACUGGAGACUGUGGAUAGUGUGUGUGCUGGAUUUGGCUGCUGGACUAUAAAGGGUGAGCUCACUGAAGGAUCAAGCACCUAGUGUUGCAUGUGAGUGAUACAGAUACUCCUGUAUUAUACAACAGACUAAUUGAUAUCAAUCAAAGGGUGUAGUAGUAUUAAGGGAUAAGACUGGCAAUUUUCUAUAUUUUUCUCAUUGUCAUCAGAUCUCAUGUUUGGAACCGAACCAACAAUGAACUGAUCAAAUGAACAAGUAUUGUGUGUGUAACCAAAGUCUGAUAUAUUUUAUUCCUCUGUGCU